UUGUUCACAGAAAGAGGAAAAUCAUGUCAUUUUUUCACGAACUCUUGAAAUGGCUUCCCUUCCAACCCGAAUUACAAGAUCGUGAUACUUGCCACAGAAACAGCUUGCCACAUUCAUCUGAACCCCCAUCAACUCCAUCUAAACCAGUCCUGUCUCCCUCUAAUCCACCUUCAUCUUCCCCUACACCUCCUACAUUGGGUAGACAACCGCAAUCUUCUUCACUCCAUACAUCUUCGUCAUCUCCUAAAUUCGCAACAUCUUCAUCUAAGCUAACCCCAUCACUUUUGUUAGUCCAUCUUCAUCAACCCUUCAACCCCCAUCACCUUCAUCGACAUCAUCUCCGUUUUUCUCCUCAACUAUCUACUUGCUCGUCUAAGCCACUUCAGGCCUCAUUGUCUCCGGCUUCAUCUAAGCCACAUUCAUUAUCCACAAAACCCCCAACAUUUUCUUCAAAACCAUCUCCAUCUUCUUCAAAUCAGCAAUCUUCUUCUAUCAAUACAUCUUCUCCAUCUCCUAAAUUCCCAACAUCUUUAUCUAAAACUCAACCAUCUUCUUCAUCUAAGCUGCCUCAAUCAACAUUCCCUGAGCCCCCAUCAUCUUCAUCUAAGCUGCCUCAAUCAACUUUUGUUAAUCCAUCUUCAUCUAAACUGUCUACAUCCUCCUCUAAACCACCUCAGGCUUCAUCAAAAUCACAUUCAUCAUCACCAAAUCCUCCACUAUCUCCAAAACCAUCUCCAUCCUCGGGACUGCCUGCGACUUCCACUGAGUUCCCUCCAAUCUUUAAGCAAGUUCUAUCCCCAGCCUCCUCAAAUGUAAUAAAUGAAAAGGGGGAGAAAAAUUAUGUAUGUGUUGAUAUUGUGCCUAUAUUCACGAUUCCUGACGAUAUCAAAGAUUUGAUCAAGAAUGAGAUUGUGCCUAAAGUUCUUAAACAGCCUCUGUCUCCCACGACAUAUAAGGAUUACUUUGCUGCUCUGUUAUAUGCUGAAGAGUUCUACCAUGAGAAAUGGGCUUGUUUCAAUAUGAAGAAUGAGACACUGAAGUUGCAUGAAGCAGCAGUUCAUAAACAUAAAGACAAGGAAGAGAAAACCUUCGUAGAAUUUGAGAUUGAUUCUGUUCCUGAAAAUCGGCCAUUCCUUUUGUCGAGGGACUUAGUCUAUGUACGGCCAUCAGGUACAAAUGCUGAGCAGUUUCAGGGCAUUAUACAUCGCAUUAUUAGGAGCAAUCUUGUAUUAGUGGAAUUUGAAGAUGAAUUUUAUGAUUAUCAUUAUUCGACCCAAAAAUAUGAUGUCAGCUUCUCAUUCAAUAGAGUACGUUUGAAAAGAGCUCACCAAGCAGUUCAAACAGCAUCGGAUACUUUGUUUAAGAACUUCCUCUUUCCCGAUUGUGUUUCCCGUACGAGCAUUCCCACUGCACCAGCACCGCUGUCUGGCAGUCACAAACUUGACGCCAAACAAUUAUCUGCUGUUCGUCAUAUUUUAAGCAUUCAGGGCUCACCACCUUACUUGGUGGCUGGCCAGCUUUGUGUUGAAAGGAACGUUUUUAGGCCGUCGAGAACUGGAGCGGUUGUUUGUGAAGCAGUGCACCAGUUAUGUCAAACCUCACUCAAAAAUAGGAUUCUGAUAUGUGCUCCUAGUAACCGCUGUUGUGAUGGGAUUAUGAGAGGCUUGUUGAAAGUGAUUCCAGAGUCAGAUAUGUUUCGAGCCAACGCUGCAUUCCGUGGGAAAAAUGAGGUGCCUGAUGACAUCCUCCCAUCAUGCCUUUACGAAGACCCUUAUUUCUCUUGUCCUCCAACUGAGAAGCUCAAAAAAUUCAGGGUGAUUUUCUCGACUCUCGUGAGUAGCUUUCGGCUACAUGAUAAAGGCCUAACUUCUGGACAUUUUAGUCAUAUUUUUCUGGUGGAUGCUUCAUCUGCCAUUGAGCCGGAAACAGCAGUGGCCUUAACUAAUUUUGCAGAAAAAAGUACUACUGUUAUAGUCACUGGUCAACCAGGAGAUAAUUCACGUUGGGUUCGAGCAGACAUGGCAAGGCAAAAGGGACUGAAGAUUUCAUACUUCGAGAGACUUUUCAAGUCAAGGCNNNGUGUGGAGCCAUCUACAUAG